AUGUCGGUGUGUUGCGGUGCGGUGUUGCGGGUGUUGUUCUUGGUGCAGGCGGCGUGGCGGGUGUCGGUGGGUCAGGUGCGGUACUCGGUGUCGGAGGAAGCCAAGGUCGGGACGGUGGUGGGGCGUGUGGCGCAGGACCUGGGCCUGGAGGCGGGCGAUGCGGAGGCGCGGCGGCUGCUUCUGGUGGCGCAGGGCCGGCGGGCGAGCGUGGAGGUGAGCGGGGCGAGCGGGGCGCUGGUGGUGAGCUCGCGGCUGGACCGGGAGGAGCUGUGCGGGAAGAGCGCGCCGUGCGCCCUGCGGCUGGAGGUGCUGGUGGAGCGGCCGCUGCGCGUCUUCCACGUGGAGCUGGAGGUCACCGACAUCAACGACAACGCCCCGGUCUUCCCCGUGAAGGAAGAAGCCUUGACUAUCGCGGAAUUAUCACUGCCCGGUUCCCGUUUCCCGCUGGAGGGCGCGUCGGAUGCAGAUGUCGGAUCUAACGCGCAGCUCUCCUACACGCUCAGCGCCACCGAGCACUUCUCUCUUGAUCACCAAGGGAAUAACGACGAGACCGCGUCCUUGGCUCUUGUAUUAACGAAAGCCCUGGACCGGGAGACGGUUCCGGUGCACCGCCUGGUGGUGACGGCGAGUGACGGGGGCCGUCCGUCUCUGACGGGCACGAUGGAGCUGGUGAUCUCGGUGCUGGACGCCAACGACAACGCGCCCCAGUUCAACCAGUCGGUGUAUAAAGUGAAACUCUUAGAGGGUUCAGACCUCGGAACUUUGUUAAUCACGCUCAGUGCCACGGACGCGGACGAAGGAAGCAACAGUGAUAUUACAUAUUUAUUCGGCAGGCGUGUGUCUGCUGAAGUGAAAGAAAUGUUCUCUAUUGACGAAAAGAAAGGGGAAAUCAGACUUCGAGGGAAGUUGGACUACGAAGAAAUGAACAGUUAUGAGAUCAUGGUAGAAGCAAGAGACAGUGGCACCCCUCCGCUGUCGGGUCACUGCAAAGUGGUGGUGGAAGUGCUGGACGUGAACGACAACGCGCCCGAGGUGCGGGUGACGUCGCUGUCGGUGCCGGUGUCGGAGGAUGCGUCGGUGGGGACGGUGGUGGCCCUGCUGAGCGUGUGGGACGGUGACUCGGGGGCGAACGGUCGGGUGCGGUGCUGGGUGCGUCCGUCGUCGCCGUUCGGUCUGGUGUCGAGGUUGUCGGGGUCGUACUCGCUGGUGGUGCGUGAGGCGCUGGACCGCGAGCGGGUGUCGGAGUACGAGGUGGAGGUGUUGGCGGAGGACGGCGGGUCGCCGUCGCUGUCGGGGGGGCGCGGGGUGCGUGUGUCGGUGUCGGACGUGAACGACAACGCGCCGAGUUUCUCGCAGGCGGUGUACACGGUGCUGACGCGGGAGAACAACGCGGCGGGCGCGGAGCUGGGUCGCGUGUGGGCGCGUGACCCGGACGAGGCGGGGAACGGUCGCGUGAGGUACUCGUUGUCGGAGGCGGUGGUCGGGGGGUGGCGGUCGGCGUCGAGCUACGUGUCGGUGGACGCGGAGAGCGGUCGCGUGUGGGCGGUGCAGGCGCUGGACUACGAGGAGGUGCAGGUGCUGGAGUUCGAGGUGCGGGCGGUGGACGCGGGGGAGCCGCCGCUGAGCGGCAACGCGACGGUGCAGGUGUUCGUGGUGGACGAGAACGACAACGCGCCGUCGCUGCUGCCGGCUGCGGGCGGCGGGGCGGGUGGUUCGUCGGGCGCGGUUCCGCCUUUGUGGGCGUGGGCGUCGUGGGGUUCUCCGGCGGGGCAGGUGGUGGCGAAGGUGCGUGCGGUGGACGCGGACUCGGGGUACAACGCGUGGCUGCGGUACGAGCUGUGGGAGCCGCGGGGGAAGGUGCCGUUCCGCGUGGGUCUGUACAGCGGCGAGGUGAGGACGACGCGGGCGCUGGAGGAGUCGGACGGCCCGCGUCAGAGGCUGGUGAUCGUGGUGCGGGACCACGGGGAGCCGCCGCGCUCGGUGACGGCCACGCUGAGCGUGUCGCUGGUGGAGGGCGCGGAGGCGUCGGCGGCGGUGGCCGCGGGGUCGUCGGGUCCGCGGACGCCGUCGGUGUCCGAGGAGGUUUCGUUGUUGUCGCCGUCGUCGAGGAACGUGUGGCUGGUGGUGGCCAUCUGCGCGGUGUCGAGCCUGUUGGUGCUGGCGGUGGUGCUGUACGUGGCGUCGCGGUGGUCGGCGCGGGCGGGCGUGGUGUCGGGGCCCGGUCCGACGACGCUGGUGUGCGCCAGCGAAGUGGGGAGCUGGUCGUACUCGCAGCGGCAGAGCCGGAGCCUGUGCGUGGCGGAGGGCGCGGGCAAGAGCGAUCUGAUGGUUUUCAGCCCCAACUUCCCGCCGCCGCCCGGCACCGCGGCAGAAAACAGUUCUGCGAAUGGGCCUUCUCUGUCCCCAUUUUCUUCAGGCGCGAGAGGGUCGGGAAAGAGGAAAGCAGCCGGUGAGGGGGAGCGCAGCCCCGCACUCCCGGGCGGUGCAGGUAUCACCGGGGCCUCUGGGUGGCGCCACGGCCGCCGCCCGCACCGGAGCCGCUCGGGGUCCCGGUCAGAGCGAGCGGUGCGGGAGCAGCGGAGCUGCCGCCUCUCCCCGCACGGCAACCGGCGGGGUGGGGGCGCGGGACUGCCGCGGAACCGGGGCACCUCCCGCGCCCCUGCAGCCAACUCGCUCCCCGGUGCCCGUCUGUUCCCGCUCUCCGGUCCCCCCGGGGGCUUUUGCUUCGCGCUGGGCACUUUGGAAGGAAGGGGAAGGGGGCGGGGGGUGGUGAAAUUCUGGAUUAUGUUCCUGCUGAGCCGGUCUGCGGGGAGCUGA